CAAAUAAAUAAUAGUUUUGCUUCAAAAAAGUUAAUUUGAAAUUCAAUAGUAAGCCGACAGCGAAAUAAUGGCCACAAAAUGGGGUAUUUAUAGCGCCGGCAAAAUAUGCCACGACUUUGUCGACUCAGUCAUGAGUAUGAAGACAACUGACCAUCAGUUCGUGGCUGUGGGCGCCCGGAAGCUGACCGACGCCCAGGCAUUCGCCAAACUCUUUGAUAUACCCAAAGCGUACGGCUCUUACGAGGAGUUGGCCAAAGACCCUGAAGUUCAGGUGGUAUACAUCGGGACAGUCAACUCACAGCACUUGCCGGCGGCCAAACUAAUGCUGGAAAAUGGCAAACAUAUACUGAUGGAAAAGCCCCUCACUAUCAAUACUAAACAGAACGAGGAACUGUUCGCUUUGGCCAAAUCCAAGAAGCUGUUUGCGAUGGAAGCACUAUGGUCACGAUUUUUACCCUCGUACGAGUUUGCCUUCCAAGAGCUGGCAAAGGGCACAAUCGGUGAUGUCCUACACGUGACGGCAAACCUGGGCUUUCCCAACGCCGAUGUCAUACGUGUGGCGACCAAAGAGUUGGGCGGCGGGACUGUACUCGACGUCGGCGUCUAUGCCAUCAAUAUUGUGGAGCAGGUGUUCGGCGGAGAAGUGCCCGAAAAGGUUGAGGCCGUCGGACAUCUCAACAAAAACGGUGUCGACUUUGACUUCGCGGCCGCUCUUCAGUAUAAGAACCAGAAGACGGCAUCCAUUUCCUGCCACUCUAUGCUUACCCUCGAGAAUGAGGCCACUAUUGUUGGCACUAAGGGUAUCAUCAAGUUGGGCGCCAACUUUCACGCGUGUCAGAAGGUGUAUGUGAACGAUAAGGUACAUGAGUUCGCAUUCCCGGAGCCGAUAGUGCCCACAGUGUACGGCAGUACAGGCCUGUGCUAUGAGGCGAAUGAAGUGCGAAAGUGUCUAAAAGCGGGUCAAUUGGAGAGCAGUGUUAUGUCACGCGAGGCGUCGCUCACUAUUAGCCGCAUUGAGGACGCGAUCCGCAAACAAAUCGGUGUUGUCUAUGACGUCGACCCACCCCUACAGCUG